ACUCAAUCUAAUUUAAAAAAUCAUGUCUAAAGGACAAAUAUUUAUUGUUGCAACUUCAGGAAUCAUUCUGGUUUCUUUUGGAGCAUUGUGUUAUUUGAUGACUAUUGUAAAUCCCAAGCCAUUGAAAACAAGCCCCGAGGAAACUAGAAGAUAUAGUUCGGUUGACACACUUUACGUGAACGACUUCUUUCUUCCGAGUGAUAAUGUAGAGUAUGGACUAGAAAAGGUUCCCGAAGGGUACGCGGAAAUGAUAAAUAUAACACAAUACCCUGUAACCAGAAUAAUGCCGUACGUCCAAGGUCCACCUGGAACUAUCACGAAAAGAGUUAUGCCUCCUGUGUUUCCUAAGAUAAACUACACGAAUAUAAAAAAUAAUUUCACAAGAAGUAAUAAUGAAACAAAUGCGUAUUAUUCCAACAGAGGUCAGAGAAGAUCGAUAAGAGAUCAAAAUGAUAUAGGAAACCAUAUUAACAAUCCCAGUGCUUUAAUACUGAAGAUUGUGGAUGAAGACGGAAUUCAGAAAAUAGAAAUUAAAGUGGGGUCGAAGUCAAUGAAUAAGAAAAAAGCUAGAAAAUAUAGAAGUUCCAGUCACAAAACGAACAGUCAACAUUCUAGGCGGAAUAAAACUAAUUUAGCCAACCAAAAUGAUACUGAAGAUAUUGUCAUAUUGGCCUCCAAUGAUACGAUUGUCUUAAAUAUAAUAGGUGACUCAGUUAUCUUGUCCGGUGCAAAUAAAGUGAAAAUCGUUGAUAGUGACGAUAACAUAAAAACUGAUAAUGCAACGAGAAAUGAUACUGCAUCUUUUAGGAAUGAUAUGGGUGGCGAUGCAAAUAAUUCUCUAGAUGAGAAGGAAAAUUUUCGAAUGUUUGAUCUAUUAAAAGUUAAAGAAGAAAAUUCGGUUAAUAAAUCGGUAGUUAAUAUUGAUGAACAUCUAAAUGAAACUGGUAUUUUAUCAGUAAAUUCUAAAAAUCUCACAAAUAACAUAUUAAAUUACGAAGUUGAUGACAAAAACUCUAAAUCUGUUAGACGCGGAGUAAAGGAUGUGAAAAAUAAUAAUUCUGUCGUUGAUCUUUUAAUCCUCGAGGAUUCGUUACGAGGGGCUUUGAUUAAUGAAAAUGAACCGUUUGUGCUGAACGAAAAUACUUUUAACAGCACUGAAUUACGGUGAAAAUGUGUGAUCAAAAUAUAUAGCCCCAUAUGAACUAUAAACACCAUUAUGUGUUGUAAUAUUUGACUUUGAUUUUGAUUGUCUCAGAGGUGACCUCAUUAUAGGAUAUGUGGCAGAUGCACUUCACAACA